AUGAAGCUUAAUUCUGUUUCAAUCAUCUCAAAAGUGUCAGGACCCAGUUAUUAUCACAGUCCUGUUGUGAAUCUGUUUUGCAAACUGCUGAAGAAAAUGUUUAUUUUCACAUAUUUGUGCUUGUGGAGUCUGGCUGGUGUGUUUGGUGUUGAUGCAGUAAAGUUAGCACCAGAGUCCGUGACGGAGGGAGAUCCUGUCACUCUGAGGACUGAUGUUACUGAAAUACUGCAGUAUGAUCCGAUCCAGUGGAGGUUUGGAGACAUUCUCAUAGCUAAAAUCAACAUGAAGGAGAAUAAGAGCAGGUUUUAUAAUAACAGUGCUGCUGAGAGACUCAGAGACAGACUGAAGCUGGAUCAUCAGACUGGAUCUCUGAGCAUCAUGAACACCAGAACCACAGACUCUGGACUUUAUAAAAUAACCAGCACUGAAACAGGGACAACGCUCAACACAUUCAAUCUUACUGUCUAUGCUCAUCUGCCUGUUCCUGUCAUCAGCAGUAACACUUCAGAAAAUUCAUCCUCAUCUUCAUCUUCAUCAUCAUCAUCAUCAUCAUCAGGAUCAUCAGUGUCCAGUUGUGUGUUUCUGUGUUCAGUGGUGAAUGUGGGUCAUGUGACUCUCUCCUGGUACAAAGGAAACAGUUUAUUGUCCAGCAUCAGUGUGUCUGAUCUCAGCAGAAGUGUUUCUUUAUCGCUGGAGUGUCUGGAUGAUUCCUACAGCUGUGUGGUGAGCAAUCCCAUCAGCAACCAGACGAAACAUCUCAACAACACUGAGAUCUGUCAGCCAUGUUCAGACCCUCCAGAUUCUGUAUCUCUGAUAGUGUUGAUCUCUGCUGCUGCUGCUGGAUCUCUGUUGAUCGUAGCUGCUGUCGGGAUCUUCUGCAUCUGCAGGAAACACAGAAAAACAGACCAAGAAGUUCAGACCCGUGAUAGAGAGAUCACUUACGCUGAUCCCACAUUUUACAAAAGACAUAAAUCGAGUGCUACAGAGCAGGAUAAUGUGGUGUACGCAGGAGUCUCAAGACGUUGAUCAACUCUUGAUCAAAAUGUGAUUCUGUUUUUGGAUUAUUAACUUUUUACAUCCCAAAUUGGCCUACAGAGACAGGAGACAGAAUCACAUGCUCUUUGUGAAUACAAAUAUAUGCCUGUUAAAUAUCAUUAUGUCAUAGUUACACAUACUUGAAAAAAUAAAGAUUGCAAAAGGUAGUUUUCACGUUAUCACUCUAUUGAAUAAGCGUUAUCAGUGGAUAUCAGCUUAUAGAUAUAGGCCAGAAGAGGUCUGCUGCGCCUACUGGUAGGCUCAGAAGGUUGUUAUCAUUUAUCCACAUGGUUAAUCCCCACACGCAUGUAUGAAGGUGAAUUUACCACUGGAGUACCAGCAGGGGCGAUCGUUUCCCCAAUGCCAACAACUGCACACGGACCAAAGACCAGCGAAAUAGCGCAUUAAAAGAUGGAUUUAGAUGACUUCAGGACACAUAUACAGGUACAGUCUCAUAAAAUACUCCAUGUUCCGUGUUUAUGAAUGAAGUUAUUAAUUUAAAAUUUGCCUAUGGUGGGAAAGGGAUCAUGUAACAAGUCCACACAUUUACCGUAUUGUUACCAUAGUAACUGUUGCUCGACCAUGUCAUGUGUAGUCGAUGCACAGUAACCACAAAAUAUACCAUGCUUCUACCUUUUCCGUAGUUUUACUGUGGUAUUUGUAUUUAAAGCACAAUAACUUACAUAUUUACUAUAAGUUUACCUCAGUAACCGUAGUUUUACUGUGGUAUUUGUAUUUAAAGCACAAUAACUUACAUAUUUACUAUAAGUUUACCUCAGUAACCGUA